AUGUCUCUGGUACCUCGCGGCGCAUGUCGUCGUUGGCAGGAGACUGCCAGCAGCUCUUGCGUUGAGCGACACGAUGAUGUGUACGAAAACGUUGACGUGAUCGGGUGGGGAAAAUGCGACGGCGGCUGCUUGAAAAUCGCGCCCGGAGUCGGAUGCAGUGACCAGUCGGGUUCCACGGUCUGGCCAUCGCAGCUGUGGCGUCAAUCCUCGGUCGGUGAGCACCAAUUUUUUUCCCCCCUCGCAUCUCUCGCGACUCUUGCACAGACAUAUUCCGAGCUGGGAACGGCUUUCCAGCGUAACAUCUUCUUGUGCUGGCAAAAGUCUGUUGUCUGCCUCAAGUUCAUUUAA